UCAGGUCUGACACCACCAACCACUCCUCCACAUAAAGCUAAGGAUAAUCCGUUUAAGGCUGCAGUCAAACACAGGUCAUCUUGCGGUUCUUCAGUACGCAGUCCACCUCCAAAGAAAUUACGGUUAAGUGUUUCUGCCUCAAGCUCUCAACGAAGCAGUCCCAUAAAGAUAGGCACUGAACAAACUGAACUCUAUGCCCAACUCAGUAAGAAUUCAGAUUUACCCAGUGCAUUUAGCAUUACCCAAAGUGAAGAGAGGAAGAUGAAACGGACAAAUACAAGACUUGGUGAUCAUGACUACUGUCAAUUCAUGAAUGCAAAGGCAGAGUCAUUAACUACCAUGACGUUCUACAAAGCAAGGGAACCCAAAGACAUUAAACUCCAGGAUUUGUCUUCCAGAGUGGCCUCGCCCAGAGACCGUAAAAUAAAUGAAAGCCAGCAACUGGAAGCACAGCCCAGCAAUUAUUCUGGUCCCAGAUUACAAUUGAAAGACCAAGAAAUCAGGGCCGAGCUAAACAAGCACUUUGGUCAUCCAUGUCAAGCCUUCUUUGAUGAAAUGGAAGAGACAAGUCUUCAGAGGGAAAAAGACUUUUGUCCUGGAUAUUACUCAAAACUGCCAACUUUUCUCAGUGCAGGAAUGUCGCUGGACGGUGUGUUUGAUGAGAGUGAUGAUGAGACUGAAAAGUUCCUCUAUCCAUGGGACGGAACACCUGAUGGGUUAUUAUUAGAAAGAUCUUGUUCUCGUUCUCUGUCCAGCUCUCCAUGUAGCGAUUCCAUCUACUCACCAAAGACUUAUGCACCUUCUCAAAGAAUAGUCAGGGCAAGAUCGAGAUCUAGUUCCUAUCCUAGACGUAGACAUUAUUCUCGCUCCCCAUAUUAUCAUUCCAGAUCAAGAUCUCCUUACAAUAGAUCCUCAUCUAGAUCACACCACUGCUAUGAUUCAGGGCGCAGUAGGGUACAACACAGGUCUCGUGGAAGCCCUUGCUCAUACUCAAGGUCACGCUCCAGGUCUCCCUUCAGUCGUUAUAGUAGACCCAGAUAUGACAGCUAUGAGGAAUAUGAAAAUGAGAGGCUGAAGAGGGAGGAAUAUCGAAAGGACUAUGAGAAACGUGAAUUUGAAAGAGCAAAACAAAGGGAACGUCAAAGGCAAAAGGCAAUUGAGGAACGCCGUGUUAUUUAUGUGGGAAAAGUCAGGGGUGACAUAACACGCACAGAACUUAAAAGACGUUUUGAAGUUUUUGGUGAAAUCGAAGAAUGCACUGUACAUUUGCGUGAAGAUGGUGACAACUAUGGUUUCAUCACAUAUCGUUACACUUGUGAUGCCUUUGCUGCCCUCGAGAAUGGACACACUUUGCGAAGGUCUCAUGAGCCACCAUUUGAAUUGUGCUUUGGUGGUCGUAGACAGUUUUACAAGUCAAACUAUGCAGAUCUAGAUUCCAAUUCAGAUGACUUUGACCCUGCUUCAACUAAAAGCAAGUACGACUCAAUGGAUUUUGAUACCUUGCUGAAAGAGGCCCAGCGAAGCUUGCGUAGGUAACAGGCACCAAAUGUGCUAAAUGUGGAGAGAGCUGCAGUACCUUGCAGGCAUCCUGUCAUGUACCAUUAAAGAACUUGCAUUAGUCAUCUUGGGAUUUUAUCCCUCUUUACACCCUGUACAAAUGAAGUUUACAUGAACACAGCUGCUGCAGUGUGUGAGGAGAGUUGAAGGAUGUUCAACUUAAAUGAAAAGGAAUCCAAAAGCAAACGUACAGACAGUAGGCUAGUGAUAUUUUACAUGUGGUAUUUAAAUGAUAUUCUGAUUGGUGGAAUAUGCAGCUUGUUCAGCAUUUUUUCUGACAUUUGGAUGUGGUAUUACAUUAUUGACAAGAGUUGGGAUAAAUACUUGGGGUGUUUCAAAUAUUUUAUUUACUAAAUGCUAAAAUGUAGUUACAGAUUUACUAAUGUUAAACUGAGAGAUUUUUAUUUUGUGUAAAUAUGACAAUGUUUGUUUUUUUUGUUACAGCUAUGCACUGUAAAUGCAGCCUUCUUUUAAAUAAUUAAAACAAGAAUGUAACCAUAAGUUAAACACUAGUGUACAAUAAUAUAUUUAGAAAAUUAGAGAGGUACAAAGCUGAGAUGGGUAAAGUAGUCUGUGUGGCACAUGGACCAAUGCUCAUUUCCUACAAUGUAGCUUUACAAUGACCUUGCAACUGAUCAGCUUUAAAAUGAAUCAGGUCACCACUUCCAUUGCUAUGUUUAAUCAUUCAAGGUGCUUUUUAUUUUUUUGUCGUUCACAGUAACUUAGAUGAAAAUUAAUAAAUCAGAAGAAUAAAAUGAAAACAUAUUCAUGAUUUGCUUCUGAUUUCAAAUUAUAAUUACAGACCACUGUAUAUUGAUUAAAAUAUUAUAGUUAUCACACAAAUUCCAUCUAUUUUAGAGGAAAUCUUAUGGACAGAUAAGUUAGCAAGUUCCAAAUUUUCUAAACUUCACCAUUUGUUGAAAUAAGGAAGUGGAUAAAAAUGUUGCCAUUGAUGCUCCAAUGCACUAUUAAAUGUGAUAAGCAAUAGAUGUCCAAUGCACUAUUGACACGCAUUGUGAAACCCCAGAUAAUUUUGGAACUGAAUAUCAGGACAGGAAGACACUGUUAAGUAGCAGCUAGCAAAGGUGAAUUUCUACCCCAGAAUUUGCGAGAUAUGUCCCAUGUCAUCGUCGCCAACAGCGGCUACACCUAAGCUCUUUUAGAUUUACACCUCUCGCAGGUGAUAGUUUUAUUUAUUUGUCCAUCUCCACUUUGUAUUGAGUGAUCCAAAUGUCUGCCAUUGGAAAAUUGUCUUCAUAUAUUUGGUAAACCAAACCGAGUUGUCAACUUUGUAACUAUAUACUAAUAGCAAUAUAAAGGUUUUUGACCUAAUCAUUCAUUCGCCGUGGUAUCACUGGUCUUUUAUCUCUGCUCGCACUAUUAUUAGAAAUAGUUUCAGGUCUUUUAACUCAUUUUAUCAUAUGAUGCCAAACUGAGGUUUACAUUUUCUUCCCUGGAUUUUGAAUAUUCUCUUCUUUAUUGUAAUAGUAAGAUUGUAAAAAUAAAUAUAAAAAUAGCAAUAAAUGUUUAUUUUUAAAGAUCUAAUUUUAGCAUACCAUGUUGUGAAGUGGAGGAUCAGGCACAUUACCCAGCUUCUUUAGGUGCUUGUUGUGUGUUUCAAGAAAUGUUAGAAUUCUAACCUAUAACAACUACAGUAUUUCAUAGUUUUUUGUGUAGCAAAGGCUAACUUAAACAAAAUAAGUGAAACUGUGUGUUCGUAGCUAAUGUUAGUUCUCAACUAUUCUUUAUAACUUGGGUAAUGAUGUUUUGUUCUGUCUGGCAAACUUGAUGAGGAUUUUAAUUGUAAAAUAAAAUUUGCUCUGUACAAUAACUAGAAUAGCAAUGUAUUAUAUCACUUGAUUAUUCUUAAUUUUAAUUAAUUUCUGAGGACACUGUGCUGUUAGGUGUGUGGGUGAAAAUAUAUUAGUUGAUGGAACUGUGCUGACCAGGAAAUGUGAGGAGGAACAUCUAUGUGAGUUCCUUUUUACUGACAUUUCUAACUGUAAUGUGUGGUUGAAUCAUUGUAUAGAAUUACUGUGAUUUUUUUUUAAUGUGCAGUUUUCAUCAACCUCACUUAACUAAUAAAGGGAAACAAUGUUUCAAACACU